CUGCGGGGGCCGAGCCGCUGCGGGGCGGAGGGCGGGGCUCGGGGUUCGGUACCGUUCUGGGCCGCGCCGUACCCGGGGACAGUUCUGGGGUCAUGCCGUACCUGGGUGGUGAGGAGGCGGUGCGGGAGCUCCGCCGCGCUCUGGCCAACCCGCAUGUGCAGGCGGACCGGCUGCGGUACCGCGCCGCCGUGCUGCGAGUCAUCCGGCACAUGGCGCAGGGCGCGGACGUGUCGGGGCUGUUCCCGGAGAUGGUGAAGGCCGGCGCAGUGGCCGAUGUGGUGCAGAAGAAGUUGGUGUCUCUGUACGUGCGGGCACAGGCCCCACGGCAGCCCCAGCUGGCGCUGCUCGCUGUCAACUCCCUGCGCAAGGACUGCGCCCACCCCAGCCCCGCCGUGCGUGGGCUCGCCCUCCGCAGCAUGUGCGGCCUCAGGAUGCCCGGCAUCCAGGAGUACCUGCAGCAACCUCUCCUCAGCGGCCUGCGGGACAAAGCCUCCUACGUGCGGAGAGCGGCCGUGCUGGGCUGUGCCAAGAUGGUGAAGCUGCAAGGGGACUGCGAAGUGGAUGGUGCGUUGGUGAAUGAGCUGUACAGUCUGCUUCGUGACCAGGAUCCCAUUGUAGUUGUGAAUUGUCUAAGAGCCUUAGAAGAGAUCUUGAAGAAGGAGGGAGGGGUUGUCAUCAACAAACCCAUUGCCCAUCACCUCCUCAACAGGAUGGCUGAUCUGGAUCAGUGGGGGCAGAGCGAGGUGCUUGCCUUCCUCCUGCGCUACAGACCCCGCAGUGAGGAGGAGCUCUUUGACAUACUCAAUCUCCUGGACAGCUACCUCAAAAGCAGCAGCACCAGUGUUGUGAUGGCAGCCACCAAGCUCUUCCUGGUGCUGGCCAGGGAGUACCCCCAUGUGCAGACAGAUGUUUUGGUGAGAGUGAAGGGACCACUGCUGUCUGCCUGUACCUCAGAGAGCAGGGAGCUCUGCUUCACUGCGCUGUGCCACGUGCGUCAGAUCCUCGGGAGCCUCCCUGGACACUUUAGCAGCCACUACAAGAAGUUCUUCUGUUCCUAUUCAGAACCUCACUACAUCAAAUGCCAGAAGAUGGAGGUGUUGUGUGAGCUGGUGAACGAUGAGAAUGUGCAGCAAGUGCUGGAAGAGCUGAAGGGCUAUUGCACUGAUGUGUCAAUAGAGCUUGCCCAAAGGGCAAUCUUUGCCAUAGGAAAUAUUGCUAGAACAUACACCGAGCAGUGUGUGGGGAUUCUGACAGAGCUUCUGGGGCUGCAGCAGGAACACAUCACUUCAGCUGUAGUGCAGGCUUUUCGGGACCUGGUUUGGCUGUGCCCCCAGUGCACAGAAGCAGUGUGUUGGGCACUGCCUGGCUGUGAGGAUGCCAUCCAGGACAGUGAGGGCAAGCAAGCACUGAUCUGGCUCCUGGGCACACAUGGUGAAAAAGUACCAAAUGCCCCCUAUGUUUUAGAGGACUUUGUGGAGAACGUGAAAUCAGAGAUGUUCCCAGCAGUGAAGAUGGAGCUGCUGACAGCACUGCUGCGACUCUUCCUGUCUCGUCCUGCUGAGUGUCAGGAUAUGCUGGGGAGGCUGCUCUAUUACUGCAUAGAGGAGGAGAUGGAUAUGGCAGUACGAGACCGUGGGUUGUUCUACUAUCGCCUUCUGCAGUCUGGUGUGGAAGAAGUGAAACGGGUCCUGUGUAGCCCCAAGUCUGACCCCUCUCUGGGGCUCCUGGAAGACCAAACUGAACAGCCUGUGAACACAUGGGCGUCGGAGUUUAACACUCUUGCUCCAGUUUAUGGCAAAGAACGUUGGGCACUUGUCACUGCUCACCAGCCAACAGAACCCUCUUAUGCUUGUUCUCCUUGUACUGACCUGAGCAGCAGAGACACAGAGUCACUGAUACCUGAAGGAAAUACAGAAGUCCUCAAGGUUCAUCCUGAUACGGGCAGCCUGACCUUAAUUCCUGAUGUUUACCUGGCUGCAGAACAGUUUGAGAAGACCUGGCUGAGCUUGGACAUGAGCUGCCAUCUCUCUCUGCCCUGGUGUGGGACUGUUGAUCCAGAUACCAUACAGACAGCUCUACAUGUUGUCCACAUCCAGACUAUUGCCAUGAGUAAAGCUGGUGUCCAGCCAUGGAAAGCUUACCUCAGUGCUCAGGAUGACACAGGUUGCCUCUUCCUGACUGAGCUCUUGUUGGAGUUGGCCAGUUCAGAGAUGCAGGUUUCAGUGAAGCAGAGCGAGGCAAAACCUGAGGCUCUGCAAACCUUUAUUUCAGUGUUGAGGACGGUCAUGGGGGCAGUUGCUGGGCUGGAGUCCUGAUUGUUCCCUGCUUCCAAGAAGAUGCUUGCUUUGGGCCUGGGAAAAGUUAAUUUCUUUGGCUUUGUUUGCCAUAUGUGAUGCUGAUUUUGUGAUUUUAAGGUGCAGGGGUGUUAGCAGCCCUUUCCUGGGCUUAAGCAAGCCUGUGUGGUGUGGAGAUAGCUGCAGCUGGCAGGAAUGGGACUGCUGCAGCUGGUGGAUGGGGCAGGUUGGGUGGUCUCUCCUGCUUCUGGGCUGGGGGAGGGACAAAGUAAUACAUUUGUGAGCUCACUGCUUCUGGUGUGAGUCAUAGAAGUGGUGGUGCCUGUGGUGACUGUCACAAGACACUAAUGUGUCUGAUGGUACCAGAAAUGAUCAAAAUUCAGGAUGUGUUUUGGAGAGGUUUUUUCAUGAGAAUUCUAAAUAAUUCAAAAAACAGUUCAGAUACUAGGAGUCUGGAGUGCUAUGUCAGAGAUGGGUGGGCUGGGUAAUUUGGCUCUUUAGAAACAAUAUGUUUCUUUUUCAACAGAAAUAAGUAUAUUUUCUUGUUGAGAUGUGUUACUGUAAUGAUGAAUUGCCCUCUGAAUCGUGAUGUGUUUGUGCAAGCUCUGUGGCCCGUGGCCAGUGCCCUUGGUUCUUACACCCACAAUGGAGGAAUUGCUGUUUAGAUAAUUAACUUAUGAGUUAUAUUAACAUUUUGCUGAUAGUGUUUUUUACCAUUUGUUACUUUGUAACUAGGCCGGGUAUGUAAAGGUUUGUUCUCUAUGUAGUACUUGUGUGCAGUGAUGUCACCCUGUCCUCACAGGACAGUGCAGGACAUGCUGCAGUGCUGUGUGACUAAAUUUGCAGUUUUUAGAGUUAUACUCUGACCAGCCUCAGGACCUGUCGACAGCACUCCAUCUGCUCUGUUGAAAGUUACAAAGGGUUGGACUUUGUACAGUGUCAUGAAGAGUGUCCUUGUCACAGCCAUGUUUUACACAGUGGCAAAACCCUGAAGAAGAUUCCUUGGCUUGAGGUUCAGGUAUACAAGUUCUGUAAGAGGCCUUUAGGGCACUCCAAGGAGUGGCUUUGUUAACCCAGUUCUGUGAGAUUUCCUGUAGUUUUAAAAUUCCUUUAAUGACUGUAUUUUACUUUUAAAUUGCACUGUGCCUUCUAUGGACUUCACUGAAACACAGUUAAACAACUGGCUUUAGAUUUUAUUGGUUAUUUUGCUAAUAAAAUGUAAAUAAUUCCUG